AACAGGUGCCUCAUUGAAUUCAUGUAACCAUGUUUCUGUUAAAAACGUAACAUCAGGAUUAUGGUCAGUAAUGAAGUCAUUGAUUAAAAUGAUUUUAGAUGACGUAGUUGAUAUUAUCUUUGUGGCUGGUUGUAUCUGACUAUUUGUGGAAUUUAAGUAAGAUUGUUUAUUACGGUUUAUUAUCCUUUUAACUUUGUUCUUUCUGCCACAAAAAGAACACAGCACAAAGAUUUUAAAGCUAUCUUCCAUCAGGGGACAAAGCUUGUUCUGGAAGUUAUCAUUUUAUGAUAGUGUUGCCACUGUGUGUAUCACAGUGAAGUGAUCUGAAGGUCCUCAGCACAGACAUGUUCAUCCUUGAUACGUGGAGGAGCUAGAUCAGGAGGUCGGUGGGCUCUGCGGCUUUUGGAAGGUGCUGGUUCAGUAGUAGGAGGGCUCUGUUGGGGUUCACGUUUUGUCCUGUUGAGAUCUGGGGUGAGUCCUCCUCUAGUAGUGAAGAAGUCUCUUUCUGGGUCAUCUUCCUGGCUAUCUUUAUCUUGGCUGUUUUUGGCUGUACCGGCCUUAUCAUCUGUUUAUGCACUUGUUGUACUUUGUUUAAAGACAAAGCUACUGGUGCAUGGUUCACAGAAUAGAACAUGUUGGAAAUGAGGAGUUUUGCUCCUGACCUAUUUAGAGAGAAACUGUCUCUUUUGAAAAGAUCUCUUUUCUCCCAAAAGAAAUAUCGGUGAAGUCCACAGAGGUUUUAAUGCAUGUUUUUUUUAGACAGUUGUUGAGCAUCAGAAGUCUGGAAAAAAAAAUCUCAUCUCCACUAUUAAUGGGUGUGAGAGGUCCGCUGAAAAACGCCUUGGCAUUAAGGCCUUUAACUUCAUUUAGCAGACGAAUGAAAUCCUCCUUCAAUACUUCAGAUACUUCAGAUCACCCAAGGCUCCAGUGUGUAUUAUUGUGAGGUUUUCCAGGGUCGGGUGCUCUUUUAUGAUCUCCAGAAGGCUCUCUAAGAUAUAAGACACCCGGUUAAGAUCGUAGAUGAUCACUUCUAUGUUUUUCUUGUCACAGAAGUGUUUAAUCCCAUUCACGGCUGCAUUGCCUCAUAUUAAGGUUUGUGGCUGUGUGACUUGCUCUCUCUCUCUGGCCACUUAGGAGAAGAGCGUUUAGAACGAAGAAUGUUGUCAUACCUUUGUUGUCAGGAAAAGGAUUUUAUUUUCCCUGAGUGUCAUGUUAAAGUGCAGCAAAUCUGUUUUGUGGUGAGAUUCCCACAUUUCCAGCUGGUUCACUCCUACCAUUUGUUGUGGGAACCGCCAGCUGCUGCUGCCGUCCGCUUUUCCAUGGGGCAGUGGGGACACUGUUCUGUAAUGUCGGCCAGUUCUCCUAAUAUGCUUUGGAGGUAAAAAAAAAAAAAGAAAAGAAAAAAAAAAAGACAGUACCCUGUUUUUAAAAAGUGCUUCCUCAGAAACAACUUUUGUGGAGAGCAUUAACAGCUUGGGGUAUCAACAUUUACUGUGAGAUAAAGCCCGUUGGUAUAUCACAACUUUUCAGGCUCAUCCAGUCUGCUGAUUAAAUUUUGAAAUCUCAGAUACAAUGUUUUCAAAAAGGCCGUUUUUGAGUGAAUUAUCUGCAAUUGGGAAUUUUUCCCAAGCAAGGAUGCAACAACGUCACUUUGGUGUGUCUUAAUACCUCAGAUUUGCUAGUGUAAAACUCGCAGCUUCACGCCGACUGUAAUGGACCCCAUCAAUUCACCAUAAACAGAAAAUGAAAGAUGCUAAUAACUGAAAAAAUUACAUAUGUAGAGCGGUCGUCCUGGAUUUUUUAAAAGACUCUGUCUCAGUUUUCAGCCUCAACCAUUUUACCUCACAGUAGCCCUACCCCUGUCUCUCUUCAGCAUGUCAGGCUUAUGCAUAUUUCAUUUGCUCGUCUUCAGGGCAGCUAUCAAAUGAAUCAGGCUUGGAUGGAUGGGGAGGAGCCGGGGAGCUGAUGAAGAGGAUGAUGUGUGAAAGCGAAGGGGCUGGGUUUGGGGGAUAACCAGUUGCACCUGCCCCCUCCUCUCCAGGAAUGAAUGAGUUAUGAGAUGAGAGGAGGUAUGAGCGACUUAUUCUCUCCAGCUGCAGAGGAGGACGGUACCACGAUGUCUCGGCACUAAAAUGUGGAUUCCACACCUCUGAUUUGUUUCUUCACUCCUCCAUGGAUCUUUUAAGGACACAUAAAUCUCCGACUCUGUGGCAUUUAGGACACUGAGGGACGCUUAUAACACCACGGCUCGUUCCCCUUCCUCUUCUCCACGGAUCCAAAAGUUGGGAAAAGUCCUUGUCGCCACUGUGGGACCGUCAGCACCGCAGGUGUCAAUCCCGAGUGGUACAAACCGAGGAAGGAUGACAGACGGCAUAUAGCGGAUAUUUUUCUGGUUUCCUUUGUGGGAACGUUUGGGCAAUAAAGUUUCUGUUUUUGGAUUCAGAGGAACGAAAAAAAAAAAAACAGAAAACAAAAAAAUGCCUUUUGAUUUCGCAGGUUUGAAAAAGCAGGUGCUAAAACCUGGGAAGGAGGAGGCGAAGAACACCGUGGGCGACUCUUUAGGAAAGCUGCAGAGGAAAUUAGAUGGUAGCAAUGUUGAGGACGAGAACAAUAUUGAACUGACAGAGGAUGGCCGUCCGGUGGCGUCGGCACGACUUCCCGCCCCGCUGCUGGACUGCAGCUGUGGGGGUCUGCCCAAACGGUACAUCAUCGCUAUCCUCAGUGGCCUGGGCUUCUGCAUCUCCUUUGGCAUCCGAUGCAACCUGGGUGUGGCUAUUGUGGAGAUGGUGAACAACAACACCGUCUAUAUCAAUGGGACUCCAGUCAUUCAGAAAGCUCAGUUUAACUGGGACCCAGAGACCGUGGGGCUAAUCCACGGAUCUUUCUUUUGGGGCUACAUCGUCACUCAGAUCCCAGGCGGAUUCAUCUCCAACAAGCUGUCUGCAAACAGAGUUUUUGGGGCAGCCAUUUUUCUAACAUCGGUGCUGAACAUGUUCAUCCCAUCCGCUGCGAGGGUGCACUAUGGCUGUGUCCUGUUUGUACGCAUCUUACAGGGGUUAGUAGAGGGAGUCACGUACCCGGCUUGUCACGGGAUGUGGUCCAAGUGGGCGCCGCCUCUUGAACGUAGUCGACUGGCGACCACAUCGUUCUGCGGAUCCUACGCUGGAGCCGUGAUCGCGAUGCCUUUAGCUGGAAUCCUGGUUCAGUACGUCGGGUGGUCAUCGGUCUUCUAUAUUUAUGGGGUCUUUGGGAUCCUGUGGUAUAUCCUGUGGCUCCUGCUGGCUUACGGAAGUCCUGCUCAACAUCCCACAAUCACAGAGGAGGAGAGGUUGUACAUCGAGUCUGCCAUCGGGGAAACGAUGAACCAGCUGAGUGUUACAGAGAAAUUCAAGACUCCGUGGCGUCGUUUCUUUACCUCCAUGCCGGUCUACGCCAUCAUUGUGGCGAACUUCUGCCGCAGCUGGACCUUCUACCUGCUCCUCAUCAGCCAGCCGGCGUACUUUGAGGAAGUUUUCGGAUUCCCCAUCAGCAAGGUGGGGAUCCUGUCCGCCGUCCCCCACAUGGUGAUGACGAUCAUCGUCCCUAUCGGAGGACAACUGGCGGACUUCUUGCGGAGCAAAAAGAUUAUGUCAACAACAAAUGUGAGGAAACUCAUGAACUGCGGAGGUUUUGGUAUGGAGGCCACUCUCCUGCUGGUUGUUGGAUUUUCUCACACUCGAGGAGUCGCCAUUUCUUUCCUCGUGCUGGCUGUAGGCUUCAGUGGAUUCGCCAUUUCAGGUUUUAACGUCAAUCAUCUGGAUAUUGCUCCUCGCUAUGCCAGUAUCCUGAUGGGUAUUUCUAACGGCGUUGGAACGCUGUCGGGAAUGGUGUGCCCCCUAAUUGUCGGAGCUUUGACUAAACACAAGACUCGUCUGGAGUGGCAGAACGUCUUCGUCAUCGCCGCCAUGGUGCAUUACACGGGGGUCAUCUUCUAUGCUAUCUUCGCGUCAGGGGAGCAGCAGGAGUGGGCCAACCCCGAGAGCCUGAGCGAGGAUAAAUGCGGCAUCAUCGACGCCGACGAGCUGGCCGAGGAGUCUGAGCUCGCCAGCGAAGGCGACCUGGCUUUCAAGAAGAGCUACGGGACGACGGACAAUUCGUACGCUCAAAAGCAGGGCUGGAAAAAGAAGAAGGGGGUCACCAUGAGGGGGGAGGAGGAACACGGCGUUAACGGGGACUACCAGGACGGGUACCAGUGAGACAACGCGCGGAUCACGAUUACAGGACUCCCAGAGCGCUCGGAUGACACUGAAGGUCUGAUUUCAGUCCACGGAACAAUUGAAGGGAAACAAGAGGAGCCGCAGCAUCAUGAGCACCUCAAGACAACCUUUUUUUUUCUUCAUGCUUUGACAAAAGAAUCUAGAGUACCGUGCAAACAAAUUCAGACCAUUUCUAAAUCAGAAUAUUUCAUUUCAGGGGGAGCCAGGCAUUCUCGUAAUAUGUUAGUGGUCUUGAUCCAUAACUCUCCGGGUUUCCUUCUUAAGGCUUUGUCUGUUUUUCCACAUAUUUCUGAUCAGUCCAUCCUCACAAAGUAUUGUGCAGCAUGAAAGGAAAGAGAAGACGAACAGCCCUCACAAGGUUUCAUCUUAGUUUUUCAGCCAGUAGCUUUUUGGGAAGAAUGUUGUUAUAGUUACAAUACUAUUAGAUGCCUGUCAGAGGAUUUUAAAUUCAGUAUUUUUUUUUUUUUUUUUUUGGACAGAAAGUAAAUUAGAUAAAUUGGGUUUUACCAUUCAGUCCCUUUCUACAUCCAUUCAAUGGAACUUAAACAAGUACUGAACCAUUGCAUAUCAGUUUAAUUUUCGUUCUAGUUUAUUUUGUUUAAUUUAAUCUAUGGACAUUAAAAAAAACAUUAAUGUGUGAUUAUAUUAUUUUCUGCAUAGGGCCAGUGAUCAAAGCAAAAAUUAACUUAUCAACAUCCUGCUGAUAGAUAUUUUUUUUAUUGAUGUCACUAAACAUUUUCUCCUACCAAACUAUGAGGAGAUUAGAGAAAAUAACCUCAAAUCCUCUUUUUAAGGGGAAAAAUCAUGCAAAAUCCAAAUUUUUAACCCCUAGAUACAUGUUGUUGUGUUCUUGGAGUCCCUCGGAGUGCAGAAAACUUUAAUUUAGUCUCUCCAGAUGCUGUGUAGAAAUCUUUAUAUUUUGUUUGGGUCAUGUUUGUCAAGCCGUUCAGUCUUCUCUGCUCUUCAAUACACUUUUGCAGCCUUUAAAAAAAAUCAUUCCUGUCAAUCUGGUCAGGUUUUUGGACUGAGAAUGAGCAUAAAAAGUGGCCAUUGAGAUUUAAAAAGCAUGAGGAAAGAUCUAGACUCCCAACAAGAUUGGAAACAGUUUGGCUCCAUGGCUGGCCCAAGGUUAUCUGAAGCCCUUAUCAGAAUUUGGUUUGGGGUCCCAGUUCCAGCUAAAGCGCAUCGCAAAUACAAAAACUUUUGACAGUCGGGAAGGAGGGGGGGAAAUCUAAUGUUCAGUUCACAAGUCAAAAGGUUGUCACUGGUUGAUCUACUUACAAACAAUCCCUGUGUGGAGGAAAUUAAAUCUAUAGAUAAAUCAGCUGCAGAAUAUAACCAUGUUUUCUGUAGCAUCAGAGAUGCACUGAUCAGCUUUGAUCUGCGAUCCACUUGUCAAAUACUAAAAUGGAUAGUAUUUCACAUGUGGAUAUGUGCAUUAAAUAAAUCAAUAGGCAUAGUCUUGUAAUUCUCUGCUAGUUUCAAAUCUACCACCUCUAUGAAAGGAUGUUUUUUUUCUCGCGUAAGCGUUAAAGUCUUUAGUAAAGAGAAGAAAUUCAUAAUUGGCAGCUCAGACAAAAAGUCAUAAACUUUUUUCCUGCCAGGUGGAGUCAGAUGAUUGCAUGCUGUGAAGCUGUUCAUUUUGUCCAAGUUUUCUUGGGGGAGAUUUCAAACACCAGUUGCAAUUGCAAAGUUCGCUUAUACCUCUGGCUGGCCCUAUUUGACUUCUUGGAAGCAACAUAUAAAGAAAUGAGGGACGACUUACAUUUUGCACAGUACUUUGGUUAACUGUAACAUGAAAAUGUAAAAAUAACAAAUAAAAGGCUAACAUCGGACAUCACUCUGGCAUUAGAGAGCCAGUGGGGAAAAGCAGGAUAUGUCGGUCAUUAAAAAAAAAAACGAGACAAGGAAAUUACAUAUUUAACCCAUGUUAGAAAAAAACUGUCUGUUUUGCACAGUGCGAACCACUGUAACCAGCACUAUGCUGAAGACACACGAGAAACACAUAUCAACUUCCAUCCCAUUCUCCUAUUUCCUGCAGAUUGCGCCGAUUAGUUUCUGUUAAUCUAUGUGAACAAUGUUUUGUGUCAGCUAUGCAACAUGAAAAAAAAAA